GGAAAUAAAGUUUAAAAAAAUAUCUGAAUCUCGCGGAACUUGGAGGAUAUACAUUUUUCUAGCGCAGACAUCCGUGUGGGACUUCCGGCGGAAGUAACCAACGCAGCGUUAGCAGCGUUAGCUUCUGAGGGAUUUUACUGUAUUUUACCGAUUUGACGGUUGUUGCCGCGUGAACUGAUCAUUUCAGUGUCUACAGUUAAUAUAUGCGCUGCUCUUCGUUUUGUUCAUUUUGUUCAAUAAAGGUUUUUCAAAAAGUAGAUGAAGACGACUUCCGGCAGAAGUAAAACAAUGCGCUAACAACGUUAGCUCAUAAGCUUCUUUGUGUUUGUCGUCGGUUAAAAAGCGAUUUUUGCUUGGUUGGCUUAAUAUUUCAGUGUCUACAGUAAAAUAUCUUCGGUUAAUGAUCAGAGAGAAUUGAUCAGAGAUCGACUAACUGCUGCUGCUGGAGAAAUAUUCAUCAAUAUCGAUCCUCAGCUCAGACUGCUGGAUACAACUGGAAACUCCAAGUCAUCUCGAACCUCCCGGUUUUUCACGGCACCAUGUCUCUUACUUCAGAGGCUCUGGUUGAUGAUCUUCUCAUAAAUAAAGAGAGACGAAUAAAAGAGGAAGAGGAAGAGGAGGAACCAGAACCACGGCCAAAGAAAGCAGAAAAAAUCCAGCUGUGGGUCGUUCAGGAUGACGGACAGCUCAUCUUGAAGCGGGAGACCAGCACCUCUACAGCAACUCGUGUUUAUGAAGAAAUGUGCCACAGUGAACCAGAACUGGAGCAGAUGAUGGAGACAAAGGAGGAACCAGAACCUGUAGAGAUUAAAAAGGAACCAGAAGAUCCAGAACCUGUGAGCAUUAAGGAGGAAGAGGAGGAAUGCAAUCAGGUUAAAUAUCAUCUUGUAGUGAAGGAAGAGCCUGAAUCCUUUAUGGUGACUCAUACUAAUGAUCAAAAUCACAACAGUGAUCCAGAACUAAACAAGGACCAGGCUGAAGAUGGAAGCGACCAGAACGACUCAGGAUCCAGUAGAAACAACAAUGUGGACAAUUCAGAAAUACAAGGGCAAAAAUCAGAUUUUCACCAGUGUAACAUUUGUGGUAAACGUUUCACUAAGCCUUACUACUUAACUGCUCACUUGAAAACCCACAUGAAGGAUAAGCCGUAUUGUAAAAUAUGUGACAAAUAUUUUACCAGGCGAUCGUACUUGACGGUUCACAUGAGGAACCACUCGGAUGGACCUGUACAGAAACUCUUUCCUUGUGAGCUUUGUGAAAAGUCUUUCAAACGGAAUAGUCAUUUAGCUUCUCACCUCAGAACUCACACAGGUGAAAAGCAGCUGCCUUGUAAUAUGUGUGAUAAAUCUUUUACAAAGAGAAGUAAUUUAUUAUCUCAUCUCAGAACUCACACAGGUGAGCAGCCAUAUCAUUGUGAACUUUGCGAUAGAUCUUUUAAACAUGGUAGUAAUUUAUUGCGUCACCUCAGGACUCACACAGGGGAGAAGCCAUACCUGUGUGAACUGUGUGACAGAUCCUUCACACAGAAAGCCUGUUUAGACGAUCACCUGAGAACUCACACCCGGGAGAGACCGUUUAGUUGCAGGUCCUGUGAUAAAUCUUUCAUACAUCAUAGUGAUCUGACCUGCCAUAUGAGAAUUCACACAGGAGAGAAACCAUAUUCCUGUAAGCAGUGUGAUCAAACUUUCAGAUGGAGAAAAAGUUUAGUUCUUCACCUUAAAACUCAUACAGAUGCAACUGACAAAAACCCUUAGCUAGCUGCUGCUAAACACUCAGUACUUGCCAACUCUGCUAAAGGUGUCCACUCAUGACUCCUCUGUUUGUUUGUGAAGGAAUUAGCAGCUUUAUAAUAAUGAAUAAUGUGAGGAAAAGUGAACAAAUGGUGAAUCUGAUUGGAGCCAUGUAUAUAGUAUAAAAUAAUGUUAGAACAAAGUGAUCUUUGAUUCUUUUCCCAGUUGGAGCAUUUCUGAGCAGUGACUGCUUUCAAAGCCUUAGAACCUGGUGCAGCUGGUAUUUAGUCAAAGCUAUGACAGUAGAGAACGUCACUGACUGGCUCCUGUAGAUACACACUUCACCGCUUAUCAAAGCUUGGAACAGCUUUUUUAAAUAAAUGUUAAAAUCCCAUUUCUUUAUAAUUGUGCUUUAUUAAUACAAACUGGAAAAUAGAUUUAUUUUAGUUUUAUUACAAUAUUUAGUGAUUUUGCUGAAGCUGAAUGUUUGUUUUCAUGGUGUAAAGAAUCCUGACCUGCCUUCCCUUUUCUUGCUUCAUGUUUAUUUGGGACCUGAAAUUGAGCUGAAUCUCUUUAACGAGUAAAAAGAUUUGUGCCCAAAUCUGUCUGCUUAUUUUAUUCACUUUUUUUCUUCCAAUGAGGAAAAACUACAACAAAAGUUCUUACAAAUAUUUUUAAAAUCAGCAAUUUUUACUGCAAAAAUGUACAAAAAGACCAAGACACACUGAUUAUAAUUUAUCUCUGCUUUAUGUCUUUCCUUUGUUGCAGUGGUUGACCAGAUUGUAACACAAUUAAUUUCACAUAUACAUAAAUAUGUUAUGGGUGUAUACUUCUUCAAUUAUGGAUUUUUUGCAGAAUUUCAGAACCUCCUAAUCCAGAGCAGUAAUAAACAUUCAUUUUACAUGACUGCAGUUUGUUAGAUUAUGGAUAUGCUAAAGUCAUUCUUAAAGUUGUUUGAAUCAAUUGGCAAAAAAUAUGUUUAUGUUUAGAUCAAGACUCAGAAAAAAUAUUUGUAGUUGGAACCUGUGAAUUGACACAGACAAUGGAUGAUUUCAAGAUGACUUCACUGAAACAAAUAUGUCAUUUUACUCUGAUUCUUUUGGAGACUUUAACAUUUGUCUGGAGGCUGCAGAUGAAAAAUAGUCUUCUGGCUAAUUGUGAUCAAAAUUUCAUUAGAUUAGAAAUUGAAAGUGUCAAACAGGUUAAAGUAACGGUAUCAGAAACAGAAGAAAAGAUGGUUCUAAAACAUCCAACUGAUUUUUGACAUGAUAAGUGAGGUUUUAGUCUCAUUGCAUUUUUAAACGUAUUUAUUUUUAAAGCAGUAAUGCACCGUUUAUUUCUUUGACUACCUGCGACAUGAAGAAGAAGAAGAACAGAAACUUUGCUGUGAGAUUUCCAGGCAUCCUAACCGACCUGGUUCUUAACAAACUGCUGAUCCUCGCCAAAUUCUUCAUCCACUCUGUAAGUGGGGAAUAGAAAACCGGACUUUUCAGCCUGUAAAAACCUUCUGAUGGAAAACCACUUCAGAACCUUAAAACUGAUCAAAAACAAACUUUUGGACGCUCAUAACGACCUGACUUUAUUUGAGAACUAAAGCCCUUUUGUCUUUUUCUGUUUUUUGUUCUGUAAUCCCUCAGUUUAAUGUCUGACUGAUUUUAUUGAUUUUAUUUAUUUAACUUUUUUUUAUUAUUAUUAUUAUUUUGUUAUUAUGUUUUAGUUAUAUGUGUGCCUUAAGCCUGUACAAUUUGACUUCUCCAUGUAUGUAUAUGCCACAUGAUUUUGUAUAAUUAAGUAAUUAAUAAUAAUAAAAAAG